CUUUUUUUUUUUGGGUCUUACAAAACAAUCUCGCUCUGGUCCUCUGUUAUAUAUGCCUCACGCAGAUACGCACACUCUCGUCAAAUCUUCCCCAAUCUUAACCCUAAUUCCCAAAUCCCAAGCUCGUUGAUUUCACCAAUCAAGCUCCAGUCUUUCGCCUCAGAUUAUCAAGUUUUCUUUUUUGUUUUCUCUCUUUGAUUUUGUAUGCUUGUAAUAAGAAACGAACCAGGGUUUAUCCCGAUUCUCCAUGUACAAUUUAGCCACAGGCCUUUUUACUUUCUUAUAUUCUAGAUUGAAUUCCAAUAGUCAUAGACAGAUGCUUGUUAUGUAAUCGGAAAUCAGAUUUAGGGUUUGAGUUUCGUCAUUGUUGAUGGAUAUGGAGAGCUCGCGUAGGCCGUUUGGCAGAUCGAACGAACCGGGGUUGAAGAAGGCGAGAUUGAACGACGACCAAGGUGUUUUGAAUCCGAAUCUGAACGGCCGAGGCUUCGGACAAAGGCCCGGCGGAGCUAAUCCGGCGGCGCUUCAGAGGUUCAGGGUGAGUGAUAGAGAGUCGGUGGAGGGCAAUGACCCUCGCGGCGGCGGAGCCUAUGUGCCGCAGCCAUUGCAGCACCAGGAGCUUGUGAACCAGUACCGGACGGCGCUGGCGGAGCUGACGUUCAAUUCGAAGCCAAUCAUCACCAAUUUGACCAUAAUCGCUGGGGAGAGCCUCAACGCUGCGAAGGCCGUCACUGCCACUAUAUGCGCCAACAUUAUUGAGGUUCCUAGCGAGCAGAAGUUACCAUCGCUUUAUCUUUUGGACAGUAUUGUAAAGAAUAUUGGAAGGGAUUACAUAAAAUACUUUGCUGCCAAACUACCUGAGGUAUUCUGCAAGGCAUAUAGACAGGUUGAACCCCCUAUACAUCAAAGCAUGCGUCAUCUUUUUGGAACUUGGAAAGGUGUCUUCCCUGCUCAGACACUUCAGAUGAUUGAGAAAGAACUUGGGUUUGGUACUGCAGCAAAUGGUUCGUCCUCUGGAGUUGCAACAUCUAGACCAGACUCACAGUCACAACGUCCAGCACAUAGCAUUCAUGUGAACCCCAAGUAUUUGGAAAGGCAGCGUCUUCAGCAACCAACCAGGACAAAAGGGAUGGCUAGUGAUUUAGACGGGACUAUGACAAACUCGAUUGAUGAUUUAGACAGGCCGGACAGAGUAGCAAGUAUCAGUGCUGGACGAUCGUGGGUUGAUCCUCCUGUUAAAAUGCCUAAUAUUCAGCGUUCAACUAGAGAUGCACUAAGUGAGCGUUUUCAUGAGAAGAACGUUGGUGGUGAAUAUGACGACUUUGAUUAUGAUUCUGAUCUUCCAAGGAGUUCAACCUUGGGCAUUGGACGAUCUGGUGGGAAUAUUAUCGAGCAAGGACAUGAUAAACCUUGGUAUGGAGGUGGAAGCAGUGUUGCCGAAACAAUUUCCAGCCAAAGAAAUGGUUUUAACAAGAAGCAUGGAUUAAAUUACUCAGCACCUAAAUCUGUAAAUGCUGAUCCUCGUUUACAGACACCACAAGCCAUUGCAAAUAGAAACAGGGGUGGGUUGUCUAGUAGUUGGAAGAAUUCUGAGGAAGAGGAAUACAUGUGGGAUGAUGUGAACUCAAGAUCAACAGAUCAUGUAGCCCCUGAUCUUUCUAGUAAUUCAAGAAAAGAGCGCUGGAUUUCUGAUGAUUCAGAGAAAUUGGGGUUUGGAGGUGGCUCUCGUAAACUGAAAAGAGUAAAUGAUCUGGACUUGGCUGCUGAUAUCGGUGAUCAGAAAGACUUAGCUGCUCUCGGGCACCGUAUGCCAUCACCUUGGUCAUUGCAAGAGUCACAUGUUGUGGAUCGGCUGACCUCUCCUGGUGCUCCUGUCAUUAGUUCAGUUCAUUCAGAGCGUUAUGUUUCAAGUUUAAGUGGGUUAUCGACAAGUGGAGACUCUUCUGUGGCGAGAUUGGGAAAUAGAGCACAGAUGAUGUCUUCUCGUAUUGGGGCCUCAAGCUUUGGGUUGCCAACAAAUGCUGCAACAGCGUCUAAUGGAGCUGUAGGGAAACAGCAACAGUCUCUGAGAGCUGCAUCACCAUCUGGACAGUUGUUGAUGCACCAGCAUUCUCCCUCACCUACAUCAAAAAUACAGCAUCCCCGUAAUUAUUUGGCUGAGCAAGACCCUGCUCAUGCUCCAUCCCUUCCUCCUGAUUUAAAAGUAUCUCAAAUUUUGGGAAAAUCGGACUUAGGGUUGCAUAGCCAGUAUACUGAGGACUCUCUGCCUAUUCCAACGUCCAAUGUUCGAUUGGGUGGCAUGGCGAAAUCACAGCCUCAAGAUUUGAAGGCUUUGUCUUCCUCAGUGGCUGCCAUCCAAUCAAGGCACCACUAUCCCUUCCGACAACAACAAGACAGUACAGAGCCUGAAUCCUUGGAUCAGACUCAGAAGCCCCAUGUACCUCACGUUGCUACUUCUAUAAUGCCCUCAACAGUUAGAAAUUCUGUAUCAGAUCUUUCUAAUCUCCUUGCUGCAGAAACUUCAGGACAGUCAAGCACAAGUAGUUUGUUGGCUGCUGUUUUGAAGACUGGAAUUCUCUCUAAUAAAUCAAUUACUGGUAGCCUGCCCAAUUUGAAUUUUGGUGACAAGGAAAAAAUGCCACCAGAGUCAGGUGGUCCGCCCCCCUUGCCGAUUGGACGGCCGCCUACCAAAGUUGCACUUCCAGGGUCCAAAGUUGCAGCAGCACCACCUUCAUUAGGUCAUCCUUCCCGUGAUAACUCGCCGACCACCUCAAGUACUCUGCAGAAGGUUGCACAUCCACCUCUUCCACCUGGCCAACCACCUUUGUCUCUAGAGGGUAGCUCAACAGCAAAAGAUCCAAAUGUGGUGAAAAAUGCCAAGGAUCCAAUAUCAGACCUUUUGAGCUCUUUAGUUGCCAAGGGGUUGAUAUCUGCAUCAAAGUCAGAGUCACCUACUCUUCUGCCAUCUCAAAAGCCGAUAGAGGUGCAAAGCCAGAACCUAUCCACGACUACCACCACUAUUGUCUCUCCAGUUUCAGCAUCAUCAAAAGUUCCUGUUUCAUCUGAAAUGGAUGAUGCGUCUCUCACAGAACAGGUGGCUAAACCCGCUGAUGCCUUGGCUCAAUCUACUGAGACAGAAAAAAGAAACCUAAUAGGAUUUGAGUUUAAGCCAGAUAAAAUCCGAGAAUUACAUCCAUCUGUCAUCGAUGAGCUUUUUGAUGACCUUCCACAUAAAUGUAGCAUAUGUGGCCUCAGGCUCAAACUUAAAGAACGUCUUGAUAGGCACUUGGAAUGGCAUACUUUGAAAACUCCCGAAGCAGAUGGUUCCAUUAAGGCAUCAAGGGGGUGGUAUGCAAAUUCAACCAACUGGGUUACUGGAAAGGCAGGAAGUUCUUCUGAACUUGACUCCAGCAAUUCAAACGACAUGACUGGCAAGACAGUGAUCAGUAAUGAGCCCAUGGUUCCAGCUGACGAAGGCCAAUGUGCGUGUGUUAUAUGUGGUAAUACGUUUGAAGACUUCUAUUGUCAAGAAAGUGAUGACUGGAUGUUCAAAGGAGCUGUGUAUAUGACUGUUCCAUCUGGGGAUGGUGAGUUUGGAACUGCAGAGGGGAGCGUUCUGAAGGGUCCCAUUGUGCAUGCAAAUUGUAUGGAUGAAAAUUCACUCGAGGAUUUGGGACUGGCUGCUACCCGAAUUAAAUUGGAAAAGGAUGUUUAGUGCUCCAAAAACAAAAGAUAUAUCCAUGACCCAACAGUUAUGAAUAUAUGAGAUAACAGGUUGUGUAUUGUAGUUGAGUUGUUCUUCAGUGCUAAUUGUGUUGAGCCACAGAAUGGUGGUGAGAGCUUUGUACUAGCUCCAUUUUCUCUUUUUGUUUAAUUCAUAGUUGAGAGGAAAAGAAAAAAUACAUCUAUAUUCCAGAUAGUUUGCAUCUCAGUGAUUCUCUGAUGAGUGAUGUGGUUUGAUGUUCUGCUAUUUUUGUUUGUUACUUUGCUAAAGCGCUUUUGCCCUUGAUCGCAUGAUAUCCGAUCCAGCAAAACAAGGAAAUACACUCUGAUUCCCGAACCAUGCCCUUCCAGCUUCACAAAUCACAAUUGGCAAAUGGUAGUGGGAUAUGCCUUAUGUAUGGUCACAAUAAUAAUGGAACCAAGUUUUGUUUCUUUUUAUC